GGACACUCAUAUUCAUCGUUCUCCAUUGUCUUGAUACCCAAACCCCUCGUUUCUCCUCAUUUUUUUGAAGUACUUUUGCUGUUGCAGGUUCACAGGCACUGGCGCUGCUUUUGUCAUCCCGAUUACUCCAAUCGCAUCACGCAAACAGCACUUGUUCAGCUUCCAAUAUUCUUAUUCAUUUUUUCUUAAACGACCAUCAUGUCCUAUCCUGACCAACCCGGAUCACCUGGUAGCAUGUCUGGGAGGCGGCAUACCAAUCGAAACACCAAUCGCUACAGCGUAACAGCGCUCUUUAGCAUGGCUGCUGAGCAGGAUGUUGAAGUCGAGGAUGAAUUGGCCAGAGCUCAGAAGCGUCUUCGCGACUUGAAAGGCAAAAUUUCUGCGCAGUCCAAGAAGAACUUUGUCCUCGAGCGUGACGUGCGAUAUCUUGACUCUCGGAUCGCCUUAUUGAUACAGAAUCGGAUGGCUUUGGAUGAGCAACGUGAAGUCGAGAGAACCUUAGAAGAAGUGGAUCCCACCGAAGGACACUACCCAGACGACCGAAGGCUACAGCAAUAUUCCAACCUUUUUUUCCUCCUUCAGUCAGAGCCUCGACACAUCGCCGCUCUCUGUCGUCUUGUCAGUCUGUCUGAGAUUGAUACCCUCCUUCAAACGGUCAUGUUUACGCUGUACGGCAACCAAUAUGAAAGCAGAGAAGAGCAUCUCCUGUUAACGAUGUUCCAAUCGGUUCUCUCUGCGCAGUUCGAGACUGCCACAGAGUUUGGCUCUCUCCUUCGCGCCAAUACCCCUGUCUCUCGAAUGAUGACUACUUAUACCCGGCGGGGUCCAGGACAGAGCUAUCUCAAGAGCGUUCUCGCGGAACGUAUCAAUAGCUUGAUUGAGCAUAAAGAUCUCAAUCUGGAAAUCAAUCCUGUCAAGGUUUACGAACAAAUGAUCAACCAAAUCGAAGAAGAGACUGGGUCCCUUCCGCCAAAUCUUCCCCGCGGCGUGGCCCCGGAAGUUGCUGCCGAAAAUCUUGAUGUUCAAGCGAUCAUUGCACCGCGCUUAACAAUGCUCAUGGAGAUUGCCAACAGUUUUCUUUUAACCAUUAUCGAGAGCCUAGAGAGUGUUCCUUACGGUAUUCGCUGGAUCUGUAAACAGAUCCGAAGUCUAACACGGCGAAAAUAUCCUGAGGCAACUGAUUACGCUAUCUGCUCCUUAAUCGGCGGAUUUUUCUUCCUUCGAUUCAUCAAUCCUGCAAUCGUAACGCCGCAAGCAUAUAUGCUUGUUGAAGGAGUUCCGGCGAAGCAUCCAAGGCGGACAUUGACGUUGAUUGCAAAGAUGCUGCAAAAUCUGGCAAACAAGCCGUCGUAUGCCAAGGAAGUCUACAUGAUGACUCUUAAUCCUUUCGUCGAAAACAACAAAGCCCGUAUCAACCAGUUUUUGAACAAUCUUUGUGAAGUAGGCGACUUCUUUGAUACACUUGAGAUGGAUCAAUACAUGGCGCUGUCCAAGAAAGAUUUGAUGAUUCACAUCACUAUGAACGAACUGUACAAUACGCAUUCUCUUAUCCUGCAACAUGUCGAAACACUGUCGCCUAACGAUAAGCACCACCUCCGCAUCUUGACUGACGAACUUGGUCCCGCGCCGCCCCAGGUUCCCCGCAAAGAGAAUCGAACCAUCGAACUUAAUCUAUAUAGCCGUUGGGAGACGCCCGUUCAAGAUAUUCAAAGCGCGUUGAUGGAUACGGUGUCGUCAAGUGACAUGCUAUACAUGGAAACGAAAUCGAUCUUUGUCCAACUCAUUCGAUCGAUACCUCACGCUGUUGAGAAACAACCAUACAAUCUAGCUGCUAUUGCGGAACGUGCUGCGACGACCAAAGAUGCCACUCUCGUACGGAAAGGCAUCAAAGUCAAGGAGAUGCUGCGGGAGUUGGAAGAACAGAAAAUCGUUGAACAGGCCGAUGGUUACAAACUCAUGCAGGAUGAAGUUGCGGCCGAACUCGUUCAUCUAGGCAAUUUGCGAGAGAAAGUCCUCUUGGAGACGAAGUCAUUGGAGGCUGUCUACAAGACGAUUUGCGACCACAACAAUUACAUGCGCUCACAGCUAGAGCAGUAUAAAGCUUAUCUUCAGAACGUACGGUUGACUGCGUCAAAAGACAAGGGCAGCAGUACUGGAGUAGGCGUCCUCACCGUCGGAGGCAAGGAGAAGAAACCGGCUAAGGCUGUUGUUUUGGGGCCGUAUAGAUUCACUCAUGCGCAACUCGAGAAAGAGGGUAUCAUAGUUGAGAGCAAUGUACCCGAUAAUCGACGACCCAAUAUCUAUUUCAAUAUAACAUCACCUACACCAGGGACAUUUAUUAUCGCUCUCCACUACAAGGGUAGAGAGAGAGCAAUCCUCGAGAUGGACCUUAAGAUUGAUGAUCUACUUGAGAAGCAAAAGGAUAAUAAGCACCUUCUGGAUUUGGAGUAUGUUCAAUUGAAUGUCCCUAAAGUGCUUGGCCUUCUGAAGAAGGUAUUUGCCAAGCGAUGACUGUUAUACGCUUUUUAUUCUAUCCUUAAACUUUCGUUCUUGUUCAUAUUUUUACUGUGGUUCUCAUAUGCUCUUCUUAUAUAUCUUGUUUUCUUUUUUGGCGGGAUAUCGUUGACCAUCUUUUCCCGUCAGAUGUACUAGUCUCCCUGUACUACAGGUACUAAAACUUCUUGUCGAUUACUCUGUAACAUCAAAAACUUAGGAAUUGUAUAUUCUAUGCGCUGAUCGGCUAUUUUGCCGCAC